GAAACCGUGAAGCCUCGAUCCUGUGUAUCAAUUCGUGAAUUGAACUGACCUUGAUGGCGCAUGUUUCGAAGUUCGGCGCCGGCUUUCGGAUUUCCUAUGCCUAAAAGCUGCACACUGCGAAGAACUUCGCGCUGGCGAAGCAGCCAAAAGCAGUUCACCUAAAAUAUGGGAACCUUCAACACAUGAGAAUGAGGUGUCGUGUGUGGUAGGCCCUUGUGCUUUAUUGGUAUCAUGCCUUCAAUCACCCAUUCGGCUUGUUAUACGGGUCCGACUGGCUUUUCUUCACAACUAUCUACGCAACCAAUGCAUGCGUAUCAGUAUAAAAACCUUGGUCCUCUACCUGCUGGCAUGGGAUCACCAGCUAUGCCAAACCCAUCUCCACGAAACCGCCUACUAUUACAAGACCCUAACACACCGCUGGUGAACAAUUCGGGACAUUUCGGUACACCUGGUCCUCCUCACACGACCUCGGUGAACGGCAAUUAUUCCGCUCGUUUGACCAAUUCACGUGGUCACCACGGCACUCAUGCACAACAGUCAAACGGCAUUCCCUCUUCGAAUCCCACCGAAUUAAUGUCCAUGUCUAUGCACACACCUCCCUCAAACUAUCAUUAUUGGCCAGCUGUCGCUACAGCCGUGACGAAUUCACCUAACAGUCACAACAGCACCACCACAACUCCCAAUCCAUCGGUUUCUCCAUAUGCACACACUAAUAUCAUGUCGGGUGGUACACAUAAUUACAGCCCAACUCCUGCUUCUGUCGGCACCAAUGACUUUCACUUGAAACACAAUGGGACCACUUCGGCCAAGUCGAAUGUCGUCAAUGGUGGCACCAGUACACAUGGUACCAAAUCGAAUAGUUCUUCCAGCGGUAGUCGGCCGUUGUGGAAAGAACGGCCUCAUGUGGGUCGAUACAGUCUGAUCCGAACAAUAGGAAAAGGAAAUUUUGCCAAAGUCAAGUUGGCACAGCAUCUGACAACUGGAAUGCAGGUGGCCGUCAAGGUCAUAGACAAAACCUUACUGAACCACUCCAGCAUGCAGAAACUAUUCCGUGAAGUCCGUGUGUUGAAAACCCUCAACCAUCCAAACAUAAUUAAACUGCUUGAAGUAAUCGAAUCCGAACGGCACCUGUACCUCGUAAUGGAAUAUGCCAGUGGGGGUGAAGUAUUUGAUUACCUGGUGGCCCACGGGAAAAUGAAAGAAGCGGAUGCACGCAUAAAGUUCCGACAGAUUGUUUCUGCCGUGCAAUACUGUCAUCAGAAAAUGGUCGUCCACCGGGAUCUGAAGGCCGAAAAUUUGCUGCUAGACGCUGACCUUAACAUAAAAAUAGCCGAUUUCGGGUUCUCCAACUACUUUUCCACUUCGCAAAAGCUAGACACUUUCUGUGGGAGCCCUCCGUACGCAGCACCUGAAUUGUUUCUCGGUCGGAAGUACGAAGGUCCUGAAGUAGAUGUCUGGUCCCUCGGUGUCAUUCUGUACACUCUCGUCAGUGGAACCCUACCGUUCGAUGGAAAAAAUUUGAAGGAACUUCGAGAACGCGUACUUCGUGGAACUUACCGAGUCCCAUUCUACAUGACUCAUGAAUGUGAAACGCUGUUGAAGAAAAUGCUCGUGCUCAACCCCGCCAAACGACUCCCACUUUCGGAGGUGAUGCGCGACCCUUGGUUGAAUAACGGAUUUGAAAUUGUCCUGCGCCCAUAUUGCGAACCACCUACCGAUUAUUGCGACCCGGAGCGUAUUGAAACGAUGGUUCGUAUGGGAUUCAAACCGGGCGAGAUUCAAGAAGCCCUAACUCAGCAACGCUUCAACAAUAUCACAGCCACUUAUAUAUUACUAGGGCGUUACGACCCCAAAGUUCACGGACGAUUGCCUGGGCUGGGAAACGCUAAUCACAGCACCAGCCGUCUGGGUAACAAGUUGGACAGUCGACAAGGAGACUUUUCACUCAAUGGAACUGCCCAACCUGUCCCGGCAUCAGUCACUCCUGGGAGCUCUCUACACCAUCCCUCUCGCCCGGCCAGCGCACUGCCCUCUACACAAAAUCAGUACAACAGCCACAACACCGCUCAUAGUAGAAGAACACCAGAUGAAGGAUUGUUUUCUCGAGCCGCAGCCUCGUUUACUGCUCGGACACUUCAGGAACAGUUAUCCUUCGGGAAGGGUGCUAUCACAAGAACGACUCAGCAGUCCGUUUCUUCAGUUUCCUCUUCUGUGACAGCUACUGCCUCAUCUUCAAACGACACAUCGGUGUCAAGUGCAGUCAACUCAGUCCAAGCAUCUAGUCGUCCACAUCCGACAGUGCGCCGGUCAGCAACAACAUGUGAACCGAGAACCUCCAUCCCUUCAUCUGCAACGGUCACCAACAUAGUGAGUAACAACUCGAGUAACACUGCCGAUUCCCAACGCUCUCCUUCAUCCAGUCCUCCACCUCCUUCUCAAGCUCCUCCUCCGGAUUUUCCCUUACACCAAAUCCCUCCGUCCACCCAACAACCAUCUGUUAUCACCGUCCACCCCACUGCAGUGACCACCGCUCAUUUGGUGUUGGCUAAUGGACCUUCGGCAACUCCUGCUCGGGGUCCUGGUCCAGCCAACACUUCCACCAUUUACAGUGUUCAACGCAGUACGCAGCCACCACUUCGUAGUUCGGGGACCACCGCCCCACUAGCGCGGGAUGAAGAGGAACCUUUUGCGUCGUGUGAGAGCCGAAAGAACUUGCCUUUUUGUCGUAACCGCUCCAAACCGACUGAUCGUCGGGAGUCGAAGACCUCGUACAAUGACUCAACUCGUUCACAUUCAAGUUCUUCAUCCAGCUCAGAUGAUUCGAAUUCCGUUAGUGAUGUAUAUGACCGUGAAGUAGGGUCUGGAUCGUCCAGUGGUUCGGUGAGCUCUGCGUCGGCGUUAAAAAACACAAAACGCAACAGAACACCGGAAUCUAAUAAGACUUCUGUGGUUUUGGCCGCCGCCCCGAGUGUGAAUUCAUCAAAUCCGCCAAACAAUCCACAACGCCAUCAGUCUGUUGCAGGCCCUGGAACCACUGGUAAAUCCAGCGUGCGAGAUUCAAACUUUGUCCGCAUGCCAUCUGUUCGCCGUAAAUCCAGCAUUCGAACAAGUGAACCAACCGAAUCCUCAGUGUCCGGAUCUGCCAAAUCUGGUAACUCAUCAGCUCGCGUCCCACGACCUUCAAGUAGCGACCAACAACAGGUCGCACCAGAAAGCCCAAAUACCAGGUCCCGGGUUCCAUCAGUUGGUUUGUCCAGUGCGUUCAAAGAAACCACGGAGGCGAUUCGUGAUGGCAGCCAUACUGGCCAGGAUGGUGUUUCAAGCAAGGACAUUCAACCCCAAACUAAACCCAGAAGUUUAUUCCGAGGCCCACCUAAUGCAGCAGAUAUUUUGAGCGAAACGAAUCCGUUUCGCGUGGCCGCGGACAAUACAUCCAAACCAAGUCCACCUGCUGUCCCUCCACAUACCAGUCGUGCGCCGUUGACGCCAACUCCUGCUAGCAGAGCCCUUAGUCCAUCCGCCAACAGUAACAGCAACAAUACAUUAUCCGGUGCUAUUCGCCGACCCACGGCUCCCCCGCCCCCUCCAUUGGCCACAAACUGUGUUACAAACCCACCAAAUCGGAUGUCCUACGCCUAUCAUUCUUUGAGACUUCCAUCAUCGACUACCACUACAACGAUUGCAAUGGGAAAAGAUGGAUCCUUGGACCCCAACAAUCACCCAUUCUCUCGUCCAGUCGAACCACCGAGCGGUUCUCUUUGGACUGGUGAGUCCGGCCGAGCCAACGGGACAGUCACGCCUACACCAAUCGGGACAUCUGUCGCUAGGGACAUAUAUACGGUACCGUUCAGCCGAAACCUGCCAGAGCGUUCAACGAUACAGCAUGUUCCCACAGGUCGCGCAAGGGAGCGUUUGGAAGGUUCGUCCGGUGGGCCACGUUUGGUUCGACAUGCGGGGACACACAGUAUUGCCACUCAAUCUAUGACAGCGCGUCCACAUUCUCCUUCGCUUCGAUCAGACAGUCGCGAUACGGCUACUCCCAGACCGAUCAGUCCCGAUGAUUUAUCUAUUUCCUCCGUGACUUCCUCAAUUUCUACCCUAGGCCACAAUGACGGUGCAUUGGAUCAAGGACGCACUGAGGAUUCUCCACCCUUGGACUACUUAACCCGAGGAACUUCAGUCACCGGGAGGCAACGUAACACUCUUGGCUCGCCGGUUCAGGGUUUUAGUCGGAACUUGUCGAUGCGCCCACCAGCGAACCGCGACAGUCAAGUCAAUGGAGGUUUCAACAAUUUUUUUCGUACGCUGACAACGCGUAUAUCAAGAAGCAAACUUUUCCGGAGAUCAACCAUCAUGCAGGCCAACGCAGCCUUCGUUGACCAGGAAAUCGCACAUCCGGAACCGCGUCACCAUCGACUCGACCCAAUGGUUGCUCCCACGAUGGAGUUGGAUAAAGUUGUUGUCGCUCGUGGUAGUCCGUCACCAGAUUCCUCUUUGAAACCAACCUUGAAUCGCAUCCCUCGAAGCCGCAGUGGCGUCACACCCCACAGACCGAUAUCACAAGUUGCUACCAGACAUACGCUAGCCGACGCUCUGGACGAGGACCGUCGUCCUAGCCGAAGAAUUGACCAAGCAGAACACUAUGAGAGGCGACUGAGCCCUACAGAGGAGGAUCGUGCUACCAUAACGCGACGAACCAGCACUCGGAGUUCGAUUUCCAAAGAUAAUCGUUCGCGAUCUGUUCAACGUCCAAUCUUGUCUAAAGACAGCGAACCCGAUGACAACGAUGAAGACCGGACCCCGUCGCGCUCUGCACUACGAACCAGCACACGGUCAAAGCAGGGAAGUCAUGUUGAUAGUCGAAGGAAAUCCCCAUCUUCGGUUAGUAAGACCGAACCAGAAAGCACUCGCACAUUUAACAGUAAAUCGCAUCGAAGUAUGAGAUAUGUACUCCGACCGUUUGCCCGCUGGCCUUUGGAUGAGGUUUUGAUUGAGGUACAACGCUCGCUAACGAACCAUGGCGUUGACUACGAAGUUGUUGGGGAGCACAAGCUGCAGUGCGUUUAUGGUGAUCCUUCCCAUGGAUGCCAAAUUCCAUCCUUGAGGAACCCCAAGGCUGUCGUUACGAACAGGUCACCGUCGCCUUCGGAAUUACUAGACUCUGGAGUAGAUGGUGGGAUUGUGCAUUGGGAGAUGGAAAUCGGAAAGUUGGCUGGAGUUGGGAUGAAUGGGAUUCGCUUUAAGCGUAUCAACGGGUCAAUGAGUGCAUUCAAACAAAUAGCCAAAAAGCUCGCAGCAGAUUUGAAACUCUAGAACCUUACCCAAACAAAGCUAUCACCUGUGAGACUGUCUCUUAGCAGGGUUCUCGGUGCAGUUCCUUGCAAUUGAAUCAUGAUCUUUCAUAUAUCCCUGACUCGCAGUCCUCCGCAUUCAUGUUAGGUUUGAUUUUUUUAUCAGCGUGUGUAUUGACGAGUAAAAUAUCCUGUUCGAAACACGCGUACGCAAAAAAGGAUGAUUAGGCUAUUCUCGUAGAAUUGGUUGCAUUACAGACAAGGAUGAUCUGGUAACAUGCGUUUCUUGAUUAUGUUUUCAGCGUCCGAAUUCCCUCUCACACUACGCACACAAGUGUGAAGUCCCAAACACAUCGCAUUCUUUCGGUGGCAUUUCCUUACUUUCGCACUUUUAACCUCCUCACCCAUCCCCGGUUCAUUCAGUUCAGUUCUAGUCUGUGACUUUUUUCCCUGAGCAUGCGCUCAUUGAUCCUCAACGGAUGAUUAACACUACUGCUUCCUGGCUGCCUGCUUCUUUGCCUCGGCUUUUUGCUUGCUUACAUUUAUCUGAUAUGUCACUAGUUAAACAAACACCCUUCACACCAUCUUCCUGUAGGACUCCUCAGCUCCUCCUUACGUCACAUGAUCAACCACGAUAUUUAUGGCUAAAGAGCACGAAAAUAAGCACGGGAAGUCAGCCCAAUCCCCGAGGACCGAUGCAGGUUUUGCGUGACUCUGUAACUGCUAACCCAUGUGAUCGUUGACUAAGUCCCUCGGAUGACUUCUUCAAAGUUACCAUCACCGAGUAUGUAUGUACAAAAAGAUCCCAUUUUCAGGAACAAACUUUGAUCUCUUCUUCCCGACUAUGCUAAUAAUGGAAUGUCUGGUUUUCUGCUUUAUUGUUUCGUCUGACAUUUUGUAAAGUGAAUCCAAUGCACACAAUUAACUGGUAAUAAUGAUGAAAUCCAUUAUUG